AUGGCAGCCCCCCAAGGAGUCCCUCAAGACAGUGCGGUCCGUACAACAUGGCCGCCUACAUGGCGCGAGCCGCAGCCCCUCCCACCGGGCCACCGGAAGUUUCCGUUUGAAACCCAGGCUGCAGAUCUACUUGGUAGUGCGGAGGUUGCCGCGGAGCGCGUUUUGAAUUCUAACGACGAGAGUUGCGAGCCGGAGCAACAGGCACCUGGGGCGCAGCCUUGCCACCUCGUCAGGAUGACCAGCGGGGUUAAGACAACGUACACACUGCAGCCCACCUCAGGGCUGAGCGGCGGCCCGCCCGCAGACACACAAAUUCGAGCUACUUCUAAGAGCUUAUUACCUGUUAAGUCUAAAGAAGUCGAUGUUUCCAGAAUUCUUCAUCCAGGAGUUUCAGAGAAUGAUAUUAUGAAAAUCAUCAAACCGAGACGAGAUGGGCAGGUAAAAGCUGCAGAUACUGCCAUCAAGAGGAACGUCAAAAAGAGCUACAAACCAUUAAGUAAGCAGAAAUCAGAGGAAGAACUCAAGGAUAAGAACCAGCUAUUAGAGGCCGUCAACAAGCAGUUGCACCAGAAAUUGACUGAAACUCAGGGAGAACUGAAGGACCUGACCCAAAAGGUGGAGCUGCUGGAGAAGUUUCAGGACAACUGUUUGGCAAUUUUGGAGAGCAAGGGCCUCAAUCCAGACAGUGAAACUGCCGAAUCACAGGAAGAAUCCAGCACGGACCACGCGGACUCCAUGUUGCUGUUAGAAACUUUGCAAGGUGAACUGAAGCUUUUUAAUGAAACAGCCAAAAAGCAGAUGGAGGACUUACAGCAGGCCUUAAAAGUAAAGUUGAAGAUGAAAGAAGAAGAGAGGGCCCAGUUCCUGGAACAGCAGACCGUAUGUAACAGUCAAGUAAAUGAUUUUACAACAGCCCUUGAGGAAAUGGAGCACCUAUUAGAAAUGUGAUAAAAAGCAAGUGGCCAGUUGGCUCUCUCUUGGGGAUUAACUCUAAGAAGAAGCCACUGAGGACAUCUGCUUCUUGGCCAUGAUCUUCCAGGACUCACCAUCCCCAUAAUGAAAACAGUUUCUGCAGUAGGAGUAACGACAGUUUAUGCUGGAAUGGCAGUCUCCCCUUUAAGCAAGUGUUCUAAGCUCAGACUGGUCAGCUCCCUGAAGCUGUCAUAUACAUAGUUAAGGUCUACAAGAGGGGUGCCUGGAUGCUUGGAUCAACUCCUAGACAACAAGGCAACAGACACACUGAUAGAAUUAGUUGACUAAACUUGCCACAGCCAGAGAAUCCAAAAGGUCCCGUUCAGAUGCACGGGAAGAAACGCUUAACUGUGCACUGGAACACAGGUGCUCCACAGGAAGUAUCACUGAUGAGCCAUGCACUCCCCUUCUAAUUUGGAGCAUACUCGGUCCCAUCCUGGUUGGGCUCUAUACCUCAUUGUAAAGUUACUAACUUCAAGUUACUUGAAAAGGCUUAUUAGUAAAUGGGAUGAAAGUAUAGAUUGCAAUAACACCUACUUGUAACAAUACACGUUGGAGCAUUUAAUCUAAAUUAUUUCUGUUUUUUUAUAUAUAAAAGGAAAUAUCUAUUAGAUAUUUCUUUUUAUAUGUAGAUAUUUUCUUAUUCGGAUUGCAAUAUUGAGAAGGGAAAAUAGCCUUUUAACCUAAAUGUGUUCCCUGACUACUAAGCUAAUCUAGGAGUUCACGGUUCCACUUCAAUUCAACCCAGAAUAUUUCUCUUCCACUCAUUAAUUGCUCCAUGCCCACCCCAGCCCGUCUUCCAGGAACACGAGCUCACAAGUUGGUUCUCUGCAGACGUUCCCUAUUUGUAGCAGUGGCUGCCAGGCUCUGUCUACCGGGUCUGUGUCCCUGGCUGCGUGUGUUGUCCCUGUGUUCCUAAGCAUGAACAGCGUGCCCUGUUCUUUGCUUUGCACAGCCAGUCCUGCCCUGGCUCCAUGGAUCCUCAAUCAGCUGAAGUCCAUGGCAGUCCAUCCUGACCUGGUUUACCAAAGGCACAGCCGCAUUUCAUUUCUUAGUCAAACUAGGCAGUCUUUGGCCAGCUCCCCGUUUUUCUGCACCUACUAAUUUUUUCACUGAACCCACCUACCAUUCAGCAUUACUGAGGCUGUCCGGGGCCACCCACCCAUGCCAGGUUAUGCCCCCACCCUAACCCAAAGGGCUAAAAUUCAUUGCCUUCACACACAAGCAUUCAUGCAGUUAUGUCCCAAAUAUUUUGAAGGGGAAAUCCAGUUAAAUAAUUCCCACAAGUGAGAAGGGCUCAACAUUUUCUUCUACCCACUUUUAGGAUGUUUAUAGUUUAAAAGAUUGUUUGCCCAAACAAAUUUGUAAUUGGUAUUUCAGGCCAAAAUAAAGUUUUGCUUCCUUCUUGGAAGGAGAGGGUGGGAAACUCACUUGUAAGAUCCUCACCUCCUUGUCAUGCCUCCCUGGGUAACUGGAGAAUGUCACGAUCUCAGUGUCUGUGGUUGCUCAUCUUCCCCCAUGUAGAGACCCUGCUCCCUCAUGGCCUGGUCACACCAAGGGGCUCUCCCUCCACGGUUCUGCUUUGUACCAUCAGCCAGCAUUUGUCCGCGCUCUCAUCCCCUCUGACCAGUGCUGCUCCUGCCUUUUGUGCGUGAGGUAAUGUUCUGGGUGCUUAAUCUGAUCCGGAGCCUGAAAAAUUCAUACAUACACUUAGCAAAUAGUGAUCUGCACCUUCCACUUUGCUAGAUGCUGUAGGAAACUUUGAUGUAGCGUGACAUUCUUAAUCUCAAAGACGGUGUUCAGUCUAUUAGGUGAAACAAAAAAUGUGCAGGUCAUAUAGAAGGUAAAUAACAAAGGCACUACUCUACUAACAAUGGGUUGUGUGGUAUAGUAUACGAAGACAGUUAACUGAGGCUUAUGGAGGAGGUAGACUGGAAAUUGAAGGAAAAGCAACACUUGAAGAGGCUAGCUAGAAAGUUGAGGUCCCUCGAAGCUGGUGAACUCGGAGAUUUCAGGAGAGCAGCGUGCUCAGACAGGGCAUGGAAACUCCACGCCCUUGACCCCACACCUUUCCCUACACAUCUCUUCCAUCGGACUGUACCCGAGUUAUCUGUUUUUAUAAUAAACCAAUAAUCUAAUAAAGUAUUUUACCGAG